GAAGGGGGAUUGCAGAGCAAGCGAUGGAUGAGGAAAACAUGACGAAAAGCGAGGAGCAGCAGCCUCUGAGUUUGCAAAAAGCCUUACAGCAGUGCGAGCUGGUCCAAAACAUGAUAGACUUGAGCAUCUCCAACCUGGAAGGGCUUAGGACCAAAUGUGCCACCUCCAACGACCUCACGCAAAAAGAGAUCCGGACCCUGGAGAGCAAGCUAGUGAAGUACUUCAGUCGGCAGCUGUCCUGCAAAAAGAAGGUGGCCCUGCAGGAGCGCAAUGCUGAGCUGGACGGCUUCCCCCAGCUCCGGCACUGGUUCCGGAUCGUCGAUGUGCGCAAGGAAGUCCUGGAGGAGAUCUCCCCGGGCCAGCUGAGUCUGGAGGACCUCUUGGAGAUGACGGAUGAGCAAGUGUGUGAGACUGUGGAGAAAUACGGAGCCAAUCGGGAGGAGUGUGCCCGCCUCAAUGCCUCCCUCUCCUGCCUCAGGAAUGUUCACAUGUCAGGAGGCAACCUUUCCAAACAAGACUGGACCAUCCAGUGGCCCACCACAGAGACGGGGAAGGAGAACACUCCCGUGUGCCCUCCGGAGCCCACCCCAUGGAUACGCACCCACCUCUCCCAGAGCCCCAGGGUCCAGUCCAAGUGUGUCCAGCACUUUUGUCACACCAGCCCUACUCCUGGGGCCCCUGUGUACACUCACGUGGACAGGCUCACUGUGGAUGCCUACCCCGGUUUGUGCCCACCACCGCCACUGGAGUCGGGCCACCGUUCCCUGCCCCCAUCUCCCCGGCAGCGGCAUGCUGUCCGCACGCCACCUCGCACCCCCAAUAUCGUCACCACCGUAACGCCACCGGGCACGCCACCCAUGAGGAGGAAGAACAAGCUGAAGCCUCCUGGGACACCGCCACCCUCCUCCAGAAAGCUGAUACACUUGAUCCCAGGGUUCACGGCGCUACAUCGGAGCAAAUCCCAUGAGUUCCAGCUGGGUCACCGCGUGGAUGAGGCCCACACACCCAAAGCCAAGAAGAAGAGCAAACCCUUGAGUCUCAAUAUCCACAGCAGUGUGGGCAGCUGUGAGAACAUCCCCUCCCAGCAGCGCUCCCCACUGCUGUCCGAGCGUUCCCUUCGCUCCUUCUUCGUGGGACACGCUCCUUUCCUGCCUUCCACCCCUCCUGUCCACACUGAGGCCAACUUCUCUGCAAACACACUGUCAGUGCCGCGCUGGUCCCCGCAGAUUCCUCGCAGAGACCUUGGCAAUUCCAUCAAGCACAGGUUUUCCACCAAGUACUGGAUGUCUCAGACGUGUACAGUCUGUGGGAAAGGGAUGCUUUUUGGCCUCAAGUGUAAAAACUGCAAGUUAAAGUGCCACAACAAAUGCACCAAAGAAGCCCCACCCUGUCACCUCCUCAUCAUCCAUAGAGGAGGUAAGUAUUGUGUUUUUGACCCUACGGACCCAGCAAGGUUAGUCCGCACAGAGUCUGUCCCCUGUGACAUCAACAAUCCUCUACGGAAGCCACCCCGGUAUUCAGACCUGCACAUCAGUCAGACGCUGCCCAAAACCAACAAAAUCAAUAAGGACCACAUCCCUGUCCCAUACCAGCCAGACUCUAGCAGCAACCCCUCAUCCACGACGUCCUCCACGCCAUCCUCACCGGCACCCCCCCUGCCCCCCAGUGCCACGCCGCCUUCUCCCCUGCACCCGUCCCCGCAGUGCACAAGGCAACAGAAGAACUUCAACCUUCCAGCAUCCCACUACUAUAAAUACAAGCAGCAAUUCAUCUUCCCAGAUGUGGUGCCGGUGCCAGAGACGCCGACCCGGGCUCCCCAGGUCAUCCUGCAUCCGGUGACCUCGAAUCCAAUCUUGGAAGGAAACCCAUUACUUCAAAUUGAAGUGGAGCCAACAUCAGAGAAUGAAGAGGUCCAUGAUGAAGCUGAGGAGUCUGAGGAUGACUUUGAGGAGAUGAACCUAUCCCUCCUCUCAGCCCGGAGCUUCCCACGCAAGGCCAGCCAGACCAGCAUCUUCCUUCAAGAGUGGGACAUCCCCUUUGAGCAGCUGGAGAUCGGAGAGCUCAUCGGGAAGGGCCGCUUUGGGCAGGUGUACCACGGCCGCUGGCACGGCGAGGUGGCCAUCCGGCUAAUCGACAUCGAGAGGGACAACGAGGACCAGCUCAAGGCCUUCAAGCGGGAGGUGAUGGCCUACAGGCAGACACGGCACGAGAACGUGGUGCUCUUCAUGGGUGCCUGCAUGAGCCCACCCCACCUAGCCAUCAUCACCAGCCUCUGCAAGGGACGCACGCUUUAUUCAGUGGUGAGGGAUGCCAAGAUCGUCUUGGAUGUCAACAAAACCAGGCAGAUUGCCCAAGAAAUUGUGAAGGGCAUGGGCUACCUCCACGCCAAGGGAAUCCUUCACAAGGACCUCAAAUCAAAAAAUGUCUUCUACGACAACGGCAAAGUGGUCAUCACGGACUUUGGGCUCUUCAGCAUUUCUGGGGUGCUGCAGGCUGGCAGGCGAGAGGACAAAUUGCGCAUCCAGAAUGGCUGGCUGUGCCACCUGGCACCAGAGAUCAUCCGCCAGCUGUCCCCAGACACAGAGGAGGACAAGCUCCCAUUCUCCAAGCACUCUGAUGUGUUUGCACUCGGCACAAUCUGGUAUGAACUCCACGCCAGGGAGUGGCCUUUCAAGACCCAACCAGCAGAGGCAAUAAUCUGGCAAAUGGGCACAGGCAUGAAACCCAACCUCAGCCAGAUUGGCAUGGGAAAAGAAAUCUCGGAUAUUCUUCUCUUCUGCUGGGCCUUUGAACAAGAAGAGAGACCUACCUUCACCAAGCUCAUGGACAUGCUGGAGAAACUGCCAAAGCGAAACCGCCGCCUGUCCCACCCUGGACAUUUCUGGAAGUCUGCAGAGCUGUGACCAUCGGACAAUGGGACGGCGCUCAGUUGCCUCAGCUCCCAAGCCACCUCUUCUCCCUGCUCUGCCCUCUGCCAGCUCAGGAGGCUGGAGAUUCACCCUCAGAGGGGACCGGCUCUGACCAGCCUGAGAACGCUGCACGACAGA